AUGGACCAAGACACCCUGGGCAAUGUCGUGCUGCUGGCCAUUGUCACCCUUAUCAGCGUGGUUCAGAACGGAUUCUUUGCUCACAAAGUGGAGCAUGAGAGCAAGACCCACAAUGGAAGGACCUUCCAGCGGACCGGGACGCUGGCCUUUGAGAGGGUCUACACAGCCAACCAGAACUGCGUGGACGCGUACCCCACUUUCCUGGCUGUGCUCUGGUGCGCUGGGCUGAUGUGCAGUCAAGCUCCUGCCGCCUUUGCCGGGCUGAUGUACUUGUUUGUGAGACAAAAGUACUUCGUGGGUUACCUAGGAGAGAGAACCCAGAGCACACCUGGCUACAUCUUCGGGAAGCGGAUCAUCCUGUUCCUGUUCCUUAUGUCUUUGGCUGGGAUAUUAAACUAUUUCCUCAUCCUCUGCUUCGGAAGCGACUUUGAAAACUACAUCAGAACCGUGACCACCACCAUCUCCCCUCUGUUGCUCAUCCCUUAG